GCGAUAGAUUCCGAGUUGAUAUUCUGCUGUCCUUACUGUGGAGGACAGUUGACUAGUGAUCAGACGCCAUGAUAGGCGUACGCUUAUUGGCGCUAGCCGCGCUGGUGGCCUGCGCUCACGCAGUGAACGAGACCAUCCUCAAUACCUCAACUUUAAAGGCGAGGGUAGAAGAUGAUGCUACUGGAGGAUUAGCUAUCACAUUGGAUAGGGACGGUACAACCGAAGUAGUAGCGUUAGUAGGAGUCACCCUCGGGACACCUACCUCCGUAGUGUCGGAUAACAGCAUAGUCAUCACAUACUCUGCAGCCGACGCAACCCUGACGAUCCAGACUGCAGAGAUCACGGGGAAACAUACUGGACAAACCAUCAGCUUAACUUGGGACGCACCCAAGAAUGUUGUUCUUCAAGACUGUGUUAGCUACGGUUUCCACCAAUGGUACGGUGGUCCCCAGCAGAAACAGCAGUACUGGCCUAUACAACUACUGAACUUAACCAGAUACUCCUAUGUCACUAAGGAAGCCGACAACUGCGGUGUAGCUGAACGAUACUGGCUCAAUUCUGCAGGAAUCUUCUAUUACUUCGACAAAAGAGUUCCACUGUUCUUCGACUCCAAUAAUUUACUAUCCAAUGGUGCUUGCUUCCUCGCAUCAGUCCAGUCGCCGUAUUCAACCAAACGGGCACGAAAUAACCUUGUCUAUGUAAUUGCAAUUCUCGACGAUGUCAGGAAAGCUCACGAGUAUGCCGUAGCUACGUACUUAAAUAAACCAUCAGGAUACCCCGACGAGCUCAUGAUCAAGUACCCGAUUUGGUCAACGUGGGCCAGGUACAAAAGGGACGUGAGUCACGAGUUGGUCUUACAAUUUGCUGAUGAAAUCACCAGUUAUGGGUUCCCGAACAGUCAGUUUGAGCUGGAUGAUUUGUGGGAGAUAUGUUACGGGUCCCUCACGGUGAACACGACGAGGUUCCCGAGUAUGAAGGAUACAAUUGAUAAACUGAGGCAGAGAGGCUACCGGACGACGAUGUGGGCGCAUCCUUUUAUGAACAAGGGAUGCGAUCCUUGGUAUACCAACGCUAAGAAUCUGGGAUACAUAGUGUCAUCAGAGGCCGGUAACGUGGAGACCAGCUGGUGGAACAACAACGGCACGACGGCAGCAUACGUGGACUUCACGAAGCAAACAGUUCGGGACUGGUACAUGCUGCGGCUGCAGAGGCUACAGAACGAAACUGGUGUUGAUGCAUACAAGUUUGAUGGUGGAGAGACUAGUUGGUCUCCGACGGUUGCUGUCCUGCAAGGGGAUGUGAAUGAACAGCCAAAUAGCAUAACCGCAGACUACGUCAGAACUGUCUCAGCGUUUGGACCUCUCGUUGAAGUCAGGGUCGGAUUCAUGACCCAAGACCUGCCAAUCUUCGUCCGCAUGAUCGACAAGGACACUUACUGGACCUUCGACAACGGUCUUCCGACCCUCAUCACGACGUUAUUCCAAAUGAACAUUAAUGGUUAUCCUCUGGUUCUGCCUGACAUGAUUGGCGGGAAUGGUUACAAUGAGCCACCCAGCAAGGAGUUGUUCAUCAGGUGGCUGCAAGCUAACACCUUUAUGCCGAGCCUACAGUUCUCGUAUGUACCCUGGGACUAUGAUAAUGAGACAAUCGCCAUAAGUAAGAAGUUUGUGCAACUCCACGCGGACUACACUCCGACUAUCAUCGAGGCUUGCAAGAAGGCCGUCAGCGAGGGCAAACCAGUCAACAUGCCUAUCUGGUGGAUAGCACCCACUGACACUAAUGCUCACGCUAUUUGGGAUGAAUAUCUUCUGGGGGAGAGCAUCCUGGUAGCGCCAAUUGUGACACAAAACGCCAGGAGUCGAGACAUCUACCUUCCUAAAGGCACCUGGUACGACCAGGGAAACAAGAGCAAGGUCAUCGAAGGACCUAUAACGCUCACCAACUAUUCAGCUCCACUGGAUGUACUCCCAUUCUUCGUUAAAGCCGGUUCCACAGCUCCUUUAUGUUCUGUUGUCCUAGUACUUUUAGGAGUUUUAGCUAAUUUUGUAAGUAAUUGUUAAAUUAAUGUAAGAAGCAAUUAAAAAAAUCAAACCUGA